CGAAACGUCUCCCUGCCGCGCUCUCCCAACUGUCCAAGCGAAGGAUCUGUAUGCCUCUGAAACCUUAUACGCCUUAAGGAGCAGGAUAGGAGUGGCAUGACACUGACAAGGGGAUCCUUCACCUACUCCAAUGGUGAGGAGUACCACGGCGAGUGGAAGGAAGGUCGAAGGCAUGGUUUGGGCCAGCUCAAGUUCUCCGAUGGUACAUGUUACACAGGACAGUUUGAAAAUGGCUUGUUCAACGGCUGUGGGGUCUUGGCAUUUCCAGAUGGGUCAAGGUAUGAAGGUGAUUUUGUACAAGGAAAGUUCCAGGGAGUGGGAGUCUUCAGUCGAUUUGAUGGAAUGAAGUUUGAAGGAGAGUUCAAAAGUGGACGUGUGGAAGGAUACGGGCUGCUGACAUUUCCAGACGGGGCCCACGGAGUGCCACGUAACGAGGGCGUGUUCGAGAACAACAAGCUGCUGAAGCGGGAGAAAUGUCAGGGUGUGGUGCAGCGUGCACAGAACUCUGCCUCCACGGCCCGGGGCCUCUCUUUGUGAGCAGGGCUCCAACUCCUCAGCCCAGGGGCUCUCCUAGUGACUGGGUUCGGCCUCUGCUCGCAGCCUAUGCCCUCAGGGAUGGAUGACAGGGUAACAGUCUCUCCCCUCUCUCAUUAGCCUGUUUGCCUAGGUGUGGCUGGUGCUCCGUUCCACACCACUUCUGCCUGGCUCCCUGUGAGCACUUUGUGGUUCAGCAGUGCUACUCUGCCUUGGUUCCUUUACAGCUUUAAGCAGACCAUCUUUUCACAUGUUGUGCAUUAACAGGGCUUUGCUGCUGGGAAACAUCUUUUGCUUUGCAUUUGCUGAUUGUCACAGAGCAUCUUGGCAGUUUGUCAGACUUUAAAAUUUGUGUGAAAAUAUCAGUGUCUUCAACCAGCCCCUGUGAAUUUGGAAAGUGGUUGCAGGCACUACUGUCAUCCGUCUCUGUCAGUGGUCAUCACUCAACACCACAAUGCAGAUCUUUACUUGCUCUCUAUUUGAUCAGUGUGAGCAUAUGCAAAGGUUUGCAUGAUGUGCAAUAAGAUGCAAUUUUUCAGUCUAGUCUAAUUAUUGUUUUGCCUUGUAAUGUUAUUUGUUGGAGUAGAUAUCAUGGUUUGUAGACAGGUCAUCCUUCAUUCAUUAUAUUAGCCUUGAAUGGUAGUGCUGGCGAUGGGGGUGCGGUGG